GGUGAAGGUAAUGGAGGCUAGUUUGGAGAUCUACUCUUUACCGUUAGAGCUGAAGCUCCUUCAUUGGAUGCAGAUAAUAAUGAUAAUGGUCUAUUGCUCGACAGAUUGAUAGAUACCCCGGCCCUGCAGAUGUCAGGACUGCCGCAAGAUAGGGAUCUCAAACUAGACUAGAACAAUUCGGUGGCCAUUUUAUUUAAAAGUAGUCCUCUUUCAUCUUCCCUGCUGAUGGUUUCGGUUCACGAUUCCUCGACUAUCCUCGGGGGCGCACUUUUCUCUCAAGUUCAAGAUGGAUCCCAAAGUGGAGAAGUCGGACGUACCUAUUCGCCCUGCGACACAGUAUGACUCUGAAGAGCUGGGCUCAUCAUGCACCAUCCCAGCUUCGAGAUGGCGAGGAUUGUUCAACCGCAUCGAAGAUUUAGCUGGCAUGGAGGCUCGUGGUAUCGAGCGUGUUCCUUCUGAGGAACGCCACAAGGGCGGAGUACGCGAAUAUAUGCAGAUGAUGCUUCUAUGGCUCAGCGCAAACCUGACGGCGAAUAACACGACUGUGGGUAUAUUGGGCCCUCUGGUUUAUGAACUGGGUUUCACAGAUGCAGCGUUAUGUGCGACCUUUGGAGGGUUCCUGGGAGCAGCUGGAGUUGGAUUUACUUCCAUGUGGGGACCCAGGAGUGGAAAUCGGACUCUGAUUGUGGCCAGGUAUUUCAUGGGAUAUUAUCCCGGCAAGAUAUGCUCUUUGCUGAACUUGGUAAUCAUGCUGGGAUAUGGCAUGAUUGACUGUGUUAUUGGAGGCCAGAUCCUCUCCGCAGUCUCCAAUGGACGCAUGACGGUUAUCGUUGGGAUAAUCGUUGUUGCUAUUGUCACACUGGUAGUAGCAGCAUUUGGCAUGCGAAUCUUUCAGGCCUAUGAGAGAUAUGCAUGGCUUCCUCAGUUAAUGGUCCUCUGUAUCAUGAUGGGCUCCGCCGGACCGCGCUUCGACAUCCACACACCCUCGGUUGGCUCUCCGGAAGCAGUUUCUGCUCAUCGGCUUUCCUUCUUUUCACUCUGCAUGGCUUCCGGAAUUGCUUGGGCUCCAUCCGGUGCAGACUAUUAUGUCUAUUACCCUUCGAGCACAGCUAGAUGGAAGACAUUCAUGAUGACCACAGUCGGACUAGGCUUUGCGCUAUUCAUCACUCUCAUGCUAGGAGUAGGCCUCGGAACCGGAGUCGCUACCAUCCCAUCCUGGUCCGCUGCAUACGAUAACACUCCUGGAAACCUUCUAGCAGCCGCAUACGAUAACUUGAAUGGCUUCGGAGGUUUCUGUUCUGUGAUAGUGGCUCUGGGAGUGAUUUCAAACAAUAUCCCUGGUACCUAUUCAGCGUCCCUUGCAUUCCAGAUGCUUGGUCGUCACGGACCCAAGGUCCCACGUUUCAUUCUAACCAUCUGCUGCGUGAUCAUCUACACGGCAUGUGCGCUUGGUGGACGUAACUACCUGUUUGAGGUCUUUAACAACUUCCUGCCCUUAAUGGGUUACUGGAUCGUCAUCUGGAUUACGAUCAUGCUCGAGGAAGACCUGAUCUUCAUGCGAGGCAAGGACUAUGACUGGACGAUUUGGAACGAUUGGCGAAAGCUGCCUCUGGGGAUCGCUAGCGGUAUAUCCUUCCUUGUUGGCUGGGCUGGUGCUAUUGUUGGUAUGGAUCAAGUGUAUUUCGUUGGUCCAAUUGCCAAGUCUAUUGCUGGAGGGGCCGACCUCGGUAUCUGGCUAGGAAUCGGGUUUACUGUCUUUGUCUAUCCACCAUUGAGGGCACUGGAGCUUCGAGUGGUGGGUAGGUAAUGUGUAAGAUUUGUUUAUAAUAGUGAUAUAUGAUAUAAUAGUUUUUUAC